UCUGUCCACUAACUUCCCCGCGUGCUGCUUCGGAACUUUGCCGCGUCCUCGUCAUUCAUCCACGGAGCGGCGCGUGGCCGCGUGGAGACAGAUCACCGCUGCCGGCAGAGAACCUGCUCCUUUGUCUUCUUGUCUGUCUACAGGAGCUUUCAGCGACCUCAGUCCUAACAUGUGAAGUGCUCUUCUAUUGCUGCAACACUUCACUGUCAGUCCCACUGGCUGGAAAAGAAGAGUCAUUUUAUCAGGAUAAAACUCUUUACUGUUGCCAACAGAACAUGGUGAUUCUGGUGUUGCUCGACCAGCUCUGGGCUCUUUGAAGAUCUCUGUGAUAUUACCGUUCCCUGCUGUCGCUGGAACAUGCUCGAUAUUUGGAUGAGCUCGUUACAAAUCUUUUUCAAAAGAACACAUGAAACUCUUUCGAAUCAAUUUUGAAGGAUUAUCCUGUGAUGAGCCCACAUGUUUCUGAGGAUAAGCUGAUAAUUUUGUCUUUUUCAGAGGUAAUGACCGUGCAGUUAUCACCAUUUUACGCAGAGAAACAGGUGAGAGUAUGAUCGCUCCGGCCUGACAGGCCCCGUGGGAGGUCACUGCUGAAUAUGCAAGACUUAGCAGGGCCUGAUAUGCCCAGGAAAUAUCCAAUCUUUGAUGGCUUUGCCCUUGUAUGGGGCUUGCUCCUUGGAUUAGUCAUCCCAAGUGCACCGGUGCUGGCUUGCCCUACAAGUUGUCACUGUAUAGAGAAAGGUGGCAUGAUGGUUGUCCAGUGUGUGUCUCGCAACUUGGAGAAGAUCCCAACAGAUCUUCCUAGUGACACUGUUGUCCUGCAUUUGGCAUCCAACCACAUCACACACAUCCCCAACCACGCCUUCAGAGAACUGCGCUACCUUCAGGAGGUGGACCUGUCUAACAAUGGAAUUGAAACCUUGGACGUUGGAGCAUUUCAAGGCGUUUCUGACAGCCUCCUCGUGCUGGACCUGUCAAACAAUCGCAUCCAGAGUGUCCCGAAAGAGGCAUUUGCCCGUCUCCGAGCGAAAAUCAGCCUCUCAAACAACCCGUGGCACUGUGAGUGUACGCUGCAGGAGGUGCUGAGGGAGCUGCGGCUUGACCCCGAGACAGUGAACGAGGUGAUCUGCCACACAGCGGUACAAGAGGAGUAUGCGGGUAAGCCGGUGAUCCAGGUGCUGGACUCAGGUAUCAACUUCUGCAACUUUCACCACAAGACAACCGACGUGGCCAUGUUCGUCACCAUGUUCGGAUGGUUCACCAUGGUGAUCGCGUAUGUCAUUUACUAUGUGAGACACAAUCAAGAGGAUGCUAGACGGCACCUGGAGUACCUCAAGUCACUGCCCAGCAGCUCUCAGAUCAGCAAGGACUUCGACACCAUCAGCACUGUUCUUUAGCAGGAGGCGCGGCGAGUGUGUGUCUGUAAAUAUGUGAGUAGAUAUGUGAGUAAAUGUGUGAUGUCAUGUACAAAAAUGACUGAACAGCUGUUGCAAACAGAAAAUCACAAACGUUUUUUUAGAAGAUUAUUUUAAGGGUCUCACU